AAAUUUGCAUAGCUGUGACAAAGGCCAUUGUUAAGUUUGAUUUUUCAUAACACCAUAGUAUUAUGCUAUUUAAUCUAAUUGACUACUUGAGUGGAGACUUUAUUACAUUUGAGAGAGUGAUUUUGUUUUCAGUAGAAAUGCAGUGUUUGAUCUAAUGUGCCCUUUUGAUGCCUCUGAAUUUUACACUUCACAACUACGUGUAACACAAAUUCCAGUGACCCCAAGGUCAGCUUGUAUUUUUAACCCUAAACGCUGAGGGUUGGGGGGUGUGUGUACUUUGAAUGAUGUUUUCACAAAGUACACACUGUCCAGAGUCAGACAGUCCUGUCUUGGGCAGUACGCACCUCGCCCCUCCCCGUCUUAUAAGGCCUUAGACGUACCUUUCCCCUCUUGUGCACUUCCAUGUUCUUCUUCAGUUCCGUUACAGCUGGACCUGAUUCGGGGCAACUAACGACUUUCUCCACGUCGCCAUGGUUCCAAGAAACGCUAUCUGCAGAAUGGUCCUUCUCAUGCUUCUAGGCUUCUUGGUGAACCUUGUAAACACAGAAACACUAGAUCCUGGACUAACGUCUCAAGACAGCCAGGACACGUCCGGAGAUGACUUACCCACUGAAGUCACCACUAAAGACACCUUCCACGAAACAACAGGGUUACCUGCAACCGACGACUACGAGGACACCACACACAACCAGACUGUGGAAGAGGAAGAAGACUCCCUGGGGCCCGGGGCCAUCACAGCCAUCGUGAUAGCAACAUUCCUGGGAGCGUCUGUCCUUCUUGCCCUCAUCGUCAUAGCCCUCAGAAAGUUCACAGCCUCCUAAAGCCCCGCCUCGUGCAUGUGUGAGAGUGGUAUGAGAGUGUACGUGUUUGGAGAACUGUGAGUUUGUGAUUUUUUUUUUUCUUUUUAGGGGGGUGUCUUGUCGACUUCUCAGUUCCCAUACUGCCUUCCUCCUCAUCAAUGAUGAGUUGCUUCGCUAGAUGCUAAAUGUGGCAGGUCCCUUUAAGGCAACAGCCUAAGUUUAGAUUUCCUGUUCAAAGCUUCAUGUUUAAAUGUUCACCCUCAAAGACAAUGUGAAACUGGCUGGUUCUUCCAGUGCAAAAUGCUGCUGUAAAGACACAGUGGCUUCAGAGCUCCAACUCAUCUUUAGUCUUAUUUGUGUUUUGUUUGUUUUUUUCCAUCUGUUUUUAUUUUGAACUCAUAUAUUUGUAGAACGCAAAGAUGACAAUAGAUAUGUAGAUUUAUAUUUUUACAAAUACAAAGUGAGUAAUGAGGAGUUAAAGAGGGACCUCAGACAUGGAAACUUUAUCAAUGAUCACACUCAGUGUUUUCUCUGAUGCCAAAUACAGUUUAUAAAAGUAAACCUGAUCUUUCAGUCCCAACAGACUAAUAUUAUUAUUCUAAAGGUAUUCAGUAUUUUUUCAUUACAAUUUUUGGUCAAUCAUUUUGUGUUUUGAUGUUCUAGAUGUACAAAGAAUAAAUGUGGUUUCAAAGGUUUUAGAAUGUAUUUUAUAUUUGUACUUUAUUAGUUUUGUUUGUUAGAACAUUGUCUGGCCACACGAUUCAUAUCUUUCAGACCUGUUGCUCCUGCUGUCAGUGCACAAGAAUUAUAUUUGUGGUUCUGAAGUACUUUCUGAAAAGAUAAAAUCAGUGUCAACCCAUAUCCUGCAGGCUGCCACCUCAGCACCUGAAACCAAACACAAAACCAACAUGUCUCUCACUAUAAAGUGUGAACAACAGUUGAAAUCUGUCAAACUGUUUCUCACAUGAUGGUCAUAUGAAAGUGGCAUUGUCAAUUUUAGGAAAUUCUGCCCGCAACAAAAAAAACCCCAGUGAUGUUUGUCAUUUUAACUUUUACAUUAAACAUUUUACUGAACCUGCGUUAAAACAAUUCAAAGUUGCAAGACAGAAUUCAUGGAUCAUUUUAAAUAAAUAGUAAAUCAUUUUUGGGGCACAGCUUUACUUGAAAGACUGUACAGUGUAAUGUGGGUUUUGUUUUGAAAAAAUCUAUCUACAUGAAGAGUGGCAUCAGUCAGGAAGUGAUGAAACUUAAGUGAAAGAAAGCAGAAGUUUGUCUGGCUGGUGCUGUGCAGACUGCCACACAUGACCUGAAAACAACUGAACAUCAGCACGGUAAGAUCUCACUCACACUUCACUCAUCUCCACGUUCUCAGAGGUGCAACAGUGGAAAGUGACACUGCGGAGGUGAAAGAUUAAAUAUGAAUGUGUAUUGAUGAUUGACGGUUGUUUGAAUGAAGAUGCAUGUGGAAUUAAAUGAGCCAAAAUGAACCAAAUCUUAAUGAAAAUCUAUCUACACAGUGCACUUUUUUUUAUAUUUGCAUAAGAUAAAGUUGUUGAAAUGUCUUAUUUUUUAACUGAACAUUGACUUACAUAAUUGUGUUGAUCAGUUUAAGAUUAAUUUAGUGAUUUGGUGAUUUAGUGAUUAUUUUAAUUAGUGAAACUUUAAGGCAAGAACUGGAUUAAAUGUGAUGAUUGUUGUGUGUGUUGGUGUUAGUGUGCGUGUGUUUAGCUGUGAUUUCAAAACACUAGUGACUAAAAGUUUCUUAAACCCACUCGUUUUGGUGGUUUUUAGUUGUUUUUUUUGAUUGACUGUGGGAACUCGCUCAGCAUCAUUCUCAAAUCUUUUCUUUUUCUGUUUUUUUUUUUUUUUUUUUGUGGUUGUUUUUUAAAUCUCUCCACAGCUGCUCUUCUUCUUUUCCACUAUGACAACCAACUGUUCUUUUGAAGCUGUGGAUGACCUGAUGAAACAUUUGGAGCUCGUCAUCUACGUGCCCAUUUUCAUCCUCGGUUCUGUCAGUAACGUCGGAGCGCUGUUUGUCUUCUGCCACGUUCUUCCCAAAUGGACUGAGCCGACCGUCUACAUGACCAGCCUGGCGUUGAUGGACCUCGUGCUCCUGUUUCCUCUUCCUUUCAAGAUGCACGCCGCCAAUCACCUGUGGCCGGCUCACAUGCAGAGACUUUGCUCCGCUCUGGAAGGCCUGUACUUCUUCGGAAUUUACGGCAGCAUCUACACUAUCACGAGUAUAUCCGUGGAGCGCUGGUUGGCCUUGUGUCAGCCGUACAAGGCCAAAGAGCGGAGGUCACGCAGAAAAGCCCUGGUGAUCUGCGUAGGCGUGUGGGCGCUGGUUCUCGUGGUCAUUUCGACGACUAUCUCCAGUUUUAGACAACCAGGAGGCGCUGAAAUCCACUGCUUUCAUAGUUUUUCCCCACAAGGCUGGAGGCCGCUGGUGAUCGUCUGCCUUCAGGUGUUUGGGUUCCUGGUGCCCGCCCUGGUCGUGGUGUUUUGCUCGGUGAGGACCAUACGAGCGCUGCAGGGUUUGGAGCAGCACAGCCCGCAGAGCAGAGCCUACAUAAAGUACAUCUAUAGCAGUCUGUGCUCGUUCCUGCUUCCCCUGACGCCCAGUCACUUGGCCAUCCUGCUGCAGUUCCUG